AAGUCAGACGGGCAUGCGUGCUGGACGAAGAAAAAGAGAAGGACGUCUAUAUCGAACGACGAGCCAGAGCACAGUCGUUCAACACGCGGCGCGUGUUAUAAUCGUCUUUCUACGAUGACAACGGUAUUCGAAGAAGAUUUAAAUUAUGCCAUUGGUUGGAACCGGCUAAGCCUACAAAUACUUGGUGUAUGGCCGGAUUGGAAGGACAAUGCAAAUGAUCCUACCUUAUCGAAAUAUUGGUUCAUUCUACAUUCAUUUUUUAUGCUGGGAUUUGUCACUCUACCGCAGUCGGCAUAUCUUUUGAUGAUAUGGGGUGACGUAGAUCUGACGACAGAGAUUUUGGCGACGGGAAUCGUCCCGGUAUCCAUGUCUUGCAUAAAAUUGUUGUUCGCACGAUAUUAUUUGGAAUCUCUUAGACCACUUCUCAGUUCCUUCGUCGAAGAUUGGAAAAGAUCGAAAAGCGAGGAUGAGAGAUCGGUCAUGUUGGUUAACGCUAAAAAGGCAAGAAUCAUAUCGAUAUGGUGUACGACAUUAGGACAUUUUAUGACAUCGAUUCUCAUUCUACCUCGAAGCUUGAUGAUCGCGCAAAUGCAAAGAGAUCAAUUCGAUCCCCCAAGUACGGUCAUUUAUCCCGCUUAUUUUCCAUACGACAUUAGUGGAACUUCAGCUUUUUUAAUUUCUUGUCUCGGACAAAUCGUAGCGGCGUAUAGCGCUACCGUAUCAUACGUAGGAGUAGACACGUUUAUCACAAUGCUCGUCCUUCAUGCCUGUGCACAAAUUACCAAUCUCAGGCAUGCACUUGAAAAUCUAUCGAAUGGCACGAGCGAGAUAGCCAAUGAGUUUACAACAAAAUUGACGUGGAUCGUAAAGAGACACGAACAUCUCAACUGGUAUACUAAAUCGAUUGAGAAUUCAUUUAACAUGUUGAUGCUCAUUCAAAUACUGGCUUGCAUCGUUCAAGUUUGCUUUCAGGCCUUUCAAUUAGUUCGCAUAAUGGAAUACGAUGGGAGUGAUUUUCCCAUAGAACGAUUGGUUUUUAUUGUCUUGUUUAUAGUUGUUAUCUUGGUACAACUCUAUCUAUAUUGUUACGUUGGGGAAAUGCUUAUCGUUGAGAGUUCUGCAAUGGGCACGUCAGUAUACGAGUCGCAGUGGUGUACGUUGUCUCCAAAAGAUGCACGAAAUAUCAUUUUCGUGAUGCAUCGAUCUUCUAUACCAUUUCGUUUAACAGCCGGAAAAUUUGGCACUUUUUCGAUGGAAAUGUUUAGCAACAUUUUAAAAACUACAAUUGGAUAUCUUUCGGUGUUAUUAACGAUUUGCCGAUACGAUCGAGGGUCAAUUCAACGUAAUGCUACUGAUUCAGAUGCUCGGUUGUACCGUACAAUUGUGCUUUCAAUCUUUCCAAGCGCUCUUGUUUCGUACGUGGAUUACGCAUCUGGUUGGAACCGCUAUACCAUGAAGUUCAUGGGGAUAUGGCCGGAAGAGAGAAAGUUCGAUCGAGCAUCGAGUUACAGAGUGCUAAUACCAGUUAGCCUUAUGUUUCUCUUUAUGGCUUUACCACAAACUAUCAAUCUUUACUUCAUAUGGGAUGACUUCAACAUGAUCGUCGAUAAUCUUUCUGUGGCAAAUAUAACGGUGAUGUUAGCGCUGAUGAAGAUAAUCAUCUUUUGGUUCAACGGAAGACCCAUUCAGAAUCUUCUCACUUUAAUGACGAAUCAUCGAAAGGAGGCUGACACGGAAGAAGAAAUCAAGAAGAUGAUGACGAUUGCAAGGAUAUCCAGGAGGAUAUCAAUUGGAAGUACCGUGAUAACUAAUUCCGUAGUUGUACUCUGGGCAACAUCACGAUUUCUCUUGAUGCACCAAUCCGGCCAUCGUGCUCUCUUCUUACAAUCUUAUUUCCCUUACGAAUCAUUGAUCACACCAAAUUUCGAGAUGACGUCCAUCGGACAAAUUGUGUCAGCAUUUUAUACGGCUACGACGUACACGGCCGUGGACACAUUCGUCGCCAUGUUGAUUCUACACGUGUGCGGCCAAUUUUCGUAUCUUAGACAAAAAAUGAAGAACCUCAGUAUCAAUGACGACGUUGAUUUUCAAAAGAAGAUUGCAAAUAUUGUGAAGAAACAUGACACUCUUAAUAAAUUUGCUGACACGAUAGAAAACAAAUUCAAUGGAAUGUUGUUGAUGCAGAUGUUGGGUUGUACCAUAGAACUUUGCGUUCUAUUCUUCCAAGCACUUUUGUUGAUUACCGAGGAAAAUCAGGAAUUGUUCGUGUUUCAAAUGUGCUUCCUGACUCUUUACAUAUCUUAUAUUCUGUUACAAAUUUACCUAUACUGUUACAUAGGAGAAAAAUUAGUUUCAGAGAGCUCAAGAAUGGCCAAUGCAGCAUACGAAUGUGAAUGGUACAAUAUACCUGCCAAGGAAGCUAAGUGUCUUAUUUUAAUAAUACAUCGAGCACGAUCGCCAUUGUGCAUCACUGCUGGUAGAUUUUGUUCAUUCAAUCUUCAAUUAUUUACCAAAAUCUUGAAAACGUCAAUGGGUUAUUUGUCCGUUUUGUACACAAUGAAAUCCAAAAAUUUAGAAUAAAUCCAACAUGUUAGCCUAAUUUAUUAAAUAACAUAAACACUUAGAAACAAUUGGAAUUGUAGUAAAAUUA